AUGUUCACCACGCAAUGGGUGUGCCGGCGCUGCACACUGGCGCUGACCCGUUCACCGAUACGCCCGGCACGUCCAGCACACGCAACGAAGCCGCUCCGUCGUCCGCUGCAGCGCCCGUUGCAGCAGCUCCAGCUGGCCCGGUAUGCCGGCACCGACAGUAGCAACGGUGCCGCCGCGGCGUCCAACCUCCCACCCGCGCUGCUCCAACGCGCCCGCGGCAUGGCGGCCGAGCAUGCAGAGCUCCAGGCUGCCCUGGCCGACUCUUUCGAUCCCAAAGCAGCCAAGCGGCUCGGCGAGCUCAGCCGCGUGGCGACCGCCCUGGCCGAGUGGGAGGCGGCGCAGUCGUCCAUCGCCGAGCUGGUUUCGAUGCUCUCGUCCCCGGACUCGGAAGCCGACCCGGAGCUGCGCGCCCUCGCUCACGACGAGCUCGCCUCGACACACGCACAAGUCGAGACCCUCUCGACAGCCCUGAGCGCAUCGCUCACCCCACGCGACCCCUUCGCCGAGCUGCCCUGCCUGGUCGAGAUCCGCCCAGGUCCCGGUGGCCAGGAGGGGCGCUACUUCGCGGAUGCCGUGUUCAAAAUGUACCGAGCCUAUUGCGCCCGGGUCGGCCUGCGGGUGAACGUUGUCAAGUACGAGACGCUGGACGGGCCUGAGGCGCAAGGCGGCGCCGGCAACGAGGUCCCCAUCGCGGAAGCGGUGCUGGAGAUCAUGGACACGGGCGCGUACGACAUGUUCCGCGGCGAGGCGGGCAUGCACCGCGUGCAGCGCGUGCCCAGCACCGAGGCCAAGGGCCGCACGCACACGAGCGCCGUGGCCGUGUGGGUGCUGCCCAGCUUCCCCGAGACGCUGAGCACCGAGAUGGAGAACGACUUCAACGACCCGAGCAGCGACUUCUACAUCGACCCCAAGGAGGUGCGGUCCGAGAAGAUGCGCGCCGGCGGCGCCGGCGGCCAGCACGUCAACAAGACCGAGAGCGCCAUCCGCCUGACGCACGUGCCGACGGGCACCGUGGUCUCGAUCCAGGACUCGCGGUCGCAGCACCGCAACCGCGAGGACGCCUGGAAGCUGCUGCGGUCGCGCGUCGCCGAGCAGCGCCGCGAGGCCCGCGAGGAGGCCGCCGCCUCGCUGCGCAACACGGUGCUCAGCCGCGAGCGCAUCACGCGCGGUGACAAGAUCCGCACCUACAACUACCAGCAGGACCGCUGCACCGACCACCGUAGCGGCGUCGACGUCCACAACCUGCCCAACGUGCUCGAGGGCGGCGAGAUGCUCGACCGCCUCAUGGCCAGCGCCAAGGACUGGCUGGUCGCCCGCGACAUCAGGGCCCUGGUGGCCGAGGAGGAGGCCAAGGCGGCCGAGGCAGAGUCUGGUGGCAAAAACGGCAAAAGGGGUAGAAAAUAG